AUGGCUUCUCGUCAGGAUCAGGCUAGCUACCACGCCGGGGAGGCCAAGGCCCGCGCCGAGGAGAAGACGGGGUACGUCGUGGGCGCGGCGCAGGACAAGGCGAGGGAGGCCAAGGACACGGCGUCCGACGCCGCGGGCCGUGCCAUGGGCAGGGGCGGCGACGCCAAGGAGGCGACCAAGGAGAAGGCGUACGAGGCCAAGGACGCGGCGUCGGACGCCACCGGCCGCGCCAUGGACAAGGGCCGCGGCGCCGCGGAGGCCACCAAGGAGAAGGGCUGCGAGGCCAAGGACAAGGCCGCCGGCACCGCGCAGCAGACCGGGAGCUACAUCGCCCAGACGGCCGAGGCCGCCAAGCAGAAGGCGGCCGGCGCCGCCCAGUACACCAUCGACACGGCCCGUGCCGGCACCGAGCAGACCGGGAGCUACAUCGAGCAGACGGCCGAGGCCGCCAAGCAGAAGGCCGGCGCGGCCGCGCAGUAUGCCAUGGACACCGCCGUCGCCGGCAAGGACAAGACCGGCAGCCUCCUCGUGCAGGCAGGGGAGACGGUGAAGGGCGCGGCGGUGGGGGCGAAGGACGCCGUGAUGAACACGAUCGGAAUGGGCGGCGGCACCAACGGCAGCACCGACGUCCCCGCCAAGGACACCAGCACGUACAAGCCCGGGACCAGGGAUUACUAA